AACCGAAUUAUAUCAGUUGUGAUUUGGCUCUGGUAGUGAGUGGAGGUGAAGCUCACUUUUUUUAUAAAAUAGUCUUUGACGAAUUUUUCUACAUUAGAACAUUUGCUGAACUAACUUAUUAGCCAUCAAUUACAUAUAAGACCAUACAGUGUGCUAUAUUAUCAAAAAAUUCUACAGACAAAAAUCUCAUCACAAAGUGACAAAUAUUAAACCACAUACCGUUGCUUCGAUGUCACAGUACGCAAAUUAAACACUUCGUUAAGAGAACUCGUCCGGUAUGCACCACUAGUGAACCGAAAGAAACAUCGAACAAAAAAUUUAAAUAUCCCAGGAAAAACAUUAAUAUAUAACUUAAAAAAUACCUCAUUAUAUUAACUAAAUAAAAUAAUAUACUAGGUAAUAGUAAAUUAUAUUAAACUAUAAACUACCUCAUCCACCAUAAUUUCUGUGAACUAUAUUCUUAAAAAAAGAAAAUGAGUGGAAUCUAACUAUGAGACAAUUAUAUUAAUUCACGUACAAAACUACCUCUAAGUACAAAAAGUGCUCAUAAGAAAAUAAUCAACAAGUUAACAUAACAACCUCAAAAUAUUAAUUUUUCGGCAAAGAAGAGACAAGUGUUAUAUUAAGUUCAAGUGCGGAAAUUAAACAAAUAUAAUUCAGCAAUUGCUGAGUUAGUACCACCUAUUAAAAGUAUAUCGCUAGUAGACAUAAUGGCAAUAUCGAUAUUUCAAGACGCUCAGACACGAGGCUUAGCUGCGGCAUUAGCUGGUAUCAAACGCGAAGAUGUAGAUGUGCAUAAUGCUUUGUCCAUGUCACCGCCAAUGUCCGCAAAUACAUCUGCCAACAAUUUGUAUCCCGGACUGCAGCACGCCGCCACUGCAACUGCUUUUGGCAUAUUAUCGCCUUCACAACUAUUAGCUGCAAAUCGUCAAGCUGCUGCCGCACUUAUGGCAUCUCAAUUGUUUCCCCAACAUCCUGCAAUAUUUGGUCAAAUGUGGUCCAAUGCGGUUCCUCAUAUUCCAUUAAACACCAGCCAACAUUCGCCACCAACAAGUCCACAUUCGCCAAUUACAGCGACGACUCCUUCAAAUGGCGGUAAACACAGCCAAAGUAUCUCACCCACAUGUUCUGCACAAAGUGAACUAUCCACAAAAAAAACACGCAAAAUCGCGGUCAAGAAGGAUUUGAUUUCUCCUCCAAUGGAAAUGUCGAUGAAUGUUAGCGAUUUGUAUAGUCCUGCCGGUCCAAUAUCACCACCAUCAUCUGGCUCUUCUCCGAACUCAGCUCAUGACCCCCAUAACCGUGCCGAUGCUACCAUCGCUAAUUCUGCGUCAAAAGAUACCUCCCGUGACAAGAGCUUUACAUGUAAAAUCUGUUCACGGUCCUUUGGAUACAAACAUGUCUUGCAAAAUCACGAGCGCACUCAUACAGGUGAAAAGCCUUUCGAAUGCCCAGAAUGUCAUAAGCGAUUCACCCGUGAUCACCAUCUAAAGACUCACAUGCGCCUGCACACUGGCGAAAAACCCUACCAUUGUUCACACUGUGACCGCCAGUUUGUUCAAGUGGCAAAUCUCCGUCGUCAUCUACGUGUUCACACCGGCGAGCGGCCUUAUGCUUGCGAAAUUUGCGACGGAAAAUUUAGUGAUUCAAACCAGCUUAAAUCGCAUAUGUUGAUACAUAACGGCGAGAAACCAUUCGAGUGUCCUGAAUGUCACAUGAAAUUCCGUAGACGCCAUCACUUGUUGAAUCACAAAUGUGGUCAGACAACAAUAUCUAGCUUACAGUCGCCGCCAACUUCUCCAGAUGCAGCACUAAGCCCCGGUGGCCUCAGUGGCGAUUAUGGGCUAUGUGACCAGAAAUCUGUUAUGGGAUCUAGCUACGGUUCGGAAGAGUCAAUGGAAGUCGGACGUCCCGCCAAUAUCUCGGUCUCUUCUUAUGAACUUAUGGAACAUCAUCACAACAGUCAUAUCCACACUACUUCAUCGUCCGUUGGUACUUCGUUAAGUAUUGCUGAAUCUUACGUAGACGAUGAAGAUGAUGAGGAAACUCCCCUCGAUCUAUCUGAAAGUGACAUGAGCAUUGAUGUUGGACGGAAUUGUACCAAGGGAUCCCAAGACCUUUACCACAUUUUCCGCUUGCCAACUCAAAUCAUGCAUAGUGAUAUUCCUGAACAAACUGAGCCUGAAGACCUGAGCAUGCAUCGAAACAACAAUUCCUCUUCGAUAACUUUUACAACCAACGAGAACCCCUCAUCUGAGUCUAUGACAAUGUUGCAUGACGAUACUGAUUUUGAUGACCUAGAUGAUGCCACCAUGCACUAUAUGCGACAACAUCAUUUUCCCAAUAUAAAACAAACCACCCUAAUGGAGUAGGAAGAGGUGAUGUCAAGGCAGAAAGAGCAGAAACCAUUUCUUUCAAUAUUGCGGGCAAUGGGUGGAAAUCCAUUUUUACAGCUUCCGGCACUUCUACGCUCCCUAACGGCAAUGAUGGGAUAUAACGGUGGCCCCCGACCAGAUAUUCACCAUAGUUGAAAAGUAAAAUACUAGGUACUCUCCAAAAUGAGCAGAGUUGACGUUGUUUUCGUUAGCUAGUACAACUUGGGCUACAAUAGUAUAUCUACAUUUGAGUAUACAAAAUAAUCAAUAUGAGAAUUUAAACUAGUUAUAAUAGGGACUAAAAUAUUUGAAUUGUAAAUAUGUCUGUGUAGUUAAUUGUUAAAGUGAGCUUGAUAAAUUCAACGACGCCUCUUGCGCUCAGUUGUCCCGAUCUUCCCUUUUAAACACACAUUGUUAAAAAAACAGAAAAAUAAAUUACAAUAUACGAGUUUGGCUAAAGUUUAUUAGCCGACCUGAAUACCUAUUUGUUACUCAAGGUGAUUAUAUUAAAAGAUUGUAAAUAUAUAUGUAAAUUACGAAAUUCUGCAUGUAGUAAAAUAAGUAUGUUGGCUUAUUUAUUUAAAUUGUUCUUAAAUUAAAUCGUUAUAAUAAGUUGGUGUAUUUAUUUUUUAAGUUUCAAACUAUUUAAAUAAACAAAAUCAAAAAUGACUUUAAGUUAAAACGAACUGAAAUUAUAUUAAUAAGACAUUGUUUUUAGUUAAAUUUAAUUGUUUCCAAUUGCUAAACUUUAACGUUUUUUAUGUUUCCAAAGAUAGAGCUAAAAUUUGCUUUUAUUUAUUCAAACAUUUUAGUUUUACAAGUCAUAAAAAUGUGUUUGUAAUGUUUAGACCAAUAACAAUGAAUUAAACUAUUAAAAAAAUCCAAAAUUGUUUUUUAUUAAAUUAUAAUUUUUAAUUAUAAUCAUGAACAUAUUGUCUAGUUGGUCGAUGGUGUUAAAAUGACAAAUAGUAAAUUACUAUAAAACCAAUUACCUCUUUUACCUCUUCAAAAAACUAACGCUGGUAACAGAAGAAUGUAUGACAAACAGAGAUCGAAAACGAUGAAUUUACCUUUGAGAACAAUUAAAAUAUAAUAUGUAGAACUUAGGAAUUUAACAUUUAAAAAUAGGGUAUUAUACAAAGUUAUAUAAUUAGGCAAUCGAAAUAUUUUAAUAAAAACAAUAACCAAGCUAUGUUUGAAAAAUAAAUAAAAAAUAAGUAAUAAAUGUAAUAAUUAUCAUAAUAUUAGAACCUUGAAAAGUUCUAUGAAUUUGUACAUAUAAAAGCUUAAAUUUAAGACUAUGACAAAGUUGUAUAAUUUUCUUUGUUAAUUCAAAAGUGUAUGGUAUAAAAAGUUCCUCUGGUUAAUUACAAGAAAAUAGUGACACUGAUAUACAUUACGUAGUAAGCAAUAAAUUUCGGCUCUUGUACAACUUUAAUUUAUAUAAUAACUAAUAACGGAGUAUUAAUUUUUAUAUUUAAAUGAAUAUCAUUUUAAUGAGUGAACAAUUUAAAGCUAUUGUCUUGCUUGAUUAAUUUUAUUCUUUAAAGUUGUAUAGACACUGCAGUAUGCUUCGAUGUUGUUUACCUUAAAUACCAAACAGAACUAAAUAUUAUAUCUUUACGUUUUCAUUAUUAAAAAUAUUUUGGAGCAUUAAACUAAAAUUAUUUAUUGCUCUACUACAUUUUUAGUAUUUCAUAUGAUAAUCACUUCAUCAAAUUGUAAUUAAUUCCACAUAAUCAUUAAUAGUAAUGUAAAAAUAAAAUAAGUUCGUAGACUAUAAAAAUAUGCUAGGUAUUUAUUUGAAAAAAGGUCCACUAUUUAAUGUAAAGAUGAUGUAAUGUAAUAUAAUUAAAAACCAACGUGCAAUAAAACAAUUUUCGGGUAAUACUAUAUUAAAUAUAAAGAACUGCAUAUCUCUUAGUGUGUAGUACAUAAGUGUUGCUCAUUUACAACUUUUAAAGGUUUUCAAACAGAUAAGAACUCAGAUUUUUACGGCAGCAGUUUAUGCAUACAUAUGCAUACAUUCCUAGUAAUACAGCUAAACGGGUCGUAACUCAAAAACAUUUCUAGUCAAAUUUAUAAAUAGUUAUUGAUUUAAUUGUAUGGAUGUAUGUAUUAAGGAAAAAAUUUAAACUUCACUGCACCCAAAAAAUUCAUUAAUAAUUUAAAAUAAUGAAACUCACAUAUUUGGAAGCAUAAAAUAAGAAAAUAACAUAUAGAUACAUAUGUAUAUAUGUAUGUAUGUAUGUAGUACAUAUUUAUUUAUGCAUAAACAAUUGUAAAAAUGUACUACAGUGUAAUAAUUACCAAAGCAGAAUAAAUAUACAAAGCUCAUAAAAAAUUAAACAAAUUAGUAAGUGUUAAAAAUGUGUAAAAAUUUCUAUUUAAUAUAUGUCUACAGCUAUUUUGUAGCUUUAAAAUCAUGGAAACAUUUCCCAGCGAAAAAUAUACGAGCAUAAGUAUUUGUCGAUAAACACACAUUCGCUGUAGUGACAAUGUAGCACGUUUUUUAACGAAUUUACAUAUUCUUAAUUAUGAAGAAACAGCCCUUUCGCAUCGUACAAGUACAAUAUACCACCACCAACUUUUAAUUCAGGUUAUUUAGAAGCGUACUUGCGCUCCCCAUAACGUGAAGAUAUUUUGUCCUUUUCUCUUAGAAUAUAUUUUAAUGCUGCUCUAACUGUACGGUCCUCUUUCAUUCGCGUUGUCGCGCAACCAUUAACUUGGGUUGUCUGCCAUGUUGGUUGCGCUCCUCCAUCUGAUUCUGC